AGUCAGUUUUCCUGCACCAGUGAACACACACACACACACACACUCAUGCUGUGAGUGGUUGUGUGUGUUCGUGUGAUGAUGGACGCUCUGGAGAUCUCCACACGAAACCCUCAGGAUGAUUACGAGAUUCUGCUGCGUGUCGGUGGAGGAACGUAUGGAGAAGUUUAUAAGGCACGUAAUAAACAGAAUGGGGAAUUGGCAGCCAUUAAAAUCAUCAAAAUGGAGCCUGAGGACGAUUUCUCAGUUAUCCAGCAAGAGAUUGUGAUGGUGAAGAGCUGUAAACACGGCAACAUCGUGGCAUAUCACGGCAGUUACAUCAGGAUGAAUAAACUGUGGAUCUGUAUGGAGUAUUGUGGCGGAGGAUCUCUGCAGGACAUUUACCACGUGACCGGUCCGCUCUCAGAGCCUCAGAUCGCUUACGUGUGUCGAGAGAUGCUACAGGGUCUUGAUUAUCUUCAUGGACAGAAAAAGAUCCACAGAGACAUCAAGGGUGCAAAUAUUCUUCUGAACGAUCAUGGAGAAGUGAAACUGGCGGACUUUGGAAUUUCUGCACAAAUCACAGCUACUUUUGCCCGUCGAAUGUCUUUCAUUGGGACGCCGUAUUGGAUGGCUCCUGAAGUGGCCGCUGUGGAGAUUAAGGGUGGAUAUAAUGAGUUGUGUGACAUCUGGUCUGUGGGAAUCACAGCGAUCGAGCUCGCAGAACUACAGCCUCCUCUGUUUGAUGUCCAUCCUCUUAGAGUUCUGUUCCUGAUGUCCAAGAGUGGCUAUCAGCCGCCCAAACUCAAAGACAAAUCCCGAUGGUCCACCAUGUUCUACAGCUUCGUGAAGUCCAUGCUGAUCAGGAACCCGAAGAAGAGACCCGGCGCCAAGAAGAUGCUGACACACUUGUUUGUGACGCAGCCGUCAUUGAGACAGGAAUUAACCCUCGAUCUACUGGACAAACUCAAACACCCUGAGAAACUCAAAGUCAGUUUAAAUACAGAUGACGAUGAUUUAGAGGUUAUUGUCCCACAAUCACUCAGAAGAAUUCAUUCAAUCAACCGACACAACCGAGCAGAGAGAACGAACUCAGACAUCAGCUUGGAACAGAUUUACACACAGAGGCCAGUCGCCGACAGACGAGAGUCUCCAGAAGCAACGUUACGGCUGACAGGAGGCCAGUGGACGAAUCCUGCGCUGUCUUUCAGUAAACGCUCACUCAGAGACGAGAGCGUGGACACCGAUGACGAUUACGAUGACGUGGAAAUACCUGUCAGUCAUUCACUGAGUAGCACACUGAAGUACAGCGAUGAAGCUCCUCCUCCUCUUCCUCCCAGACCGAAGCCCCGCACGAGUUCAGAGGAGAGUGUGACCGCAGACGAGGAUCACAGUAAAGCUCUGGCCGUCAGCGUCCCGACGCCACUGUUCAGGACGUCCAGCGGGACACACACACACACACACACUCGACCCGUCCCGCGCCCACGCUCCGUACGCAACGUCAACUCAGAUCCGUCUGCGUUCUCCAGCUUUCACACUGAUCCUCCACUGGAGCUUCUUCCUCCUGAACUGCCGCCUAAGAAAGACCGCAGAAGAAGACAAGCUCCACAGGAUCCGGUCCAGUGUGCGAGUCCAGUGAUCAGGAAACCACCGAUCGCCUUCAGGAAGGUUUUCCACGGCUGUCCUCUAAAGCUGAACUGCUCGACCUCAUGGGAGCAUCCCGUCACUAAAGAUCAACACCUGAUCUUUGGGGCCGAUGAGGGCAUCUUCACACUAAACCUCAACGGGUCUGAGACCACCAUGGAGCUGCUGUUUCCGGGAAAGUGUGUGUGGGUUUACACCAUCGGGAACGUCUUAAUGUCCGUCUCAGGGAAGUCCUCGCAGCUGCACUCGCACGCGCUGAAGGAGCUGUACGAACACACACGCAGAGAGCAUCGCAUAGUGGCCUUGCCCACACACAGACUGUUGCCACGGAAGUUUGCGAUCAGCAUGAAGAUUCCAGACACAAAGGGAUGCAGGACGUGUUCAGUGGCUCAUAACGCUCAUAACGGCUGUGUGUUCCUGUGCUGUGCGCUGGAGUCCAGUGUGGUUCUGUUGCAGUGGUACGAGCCCAUGCACAAGUUCAUGCUGAUCAAGCAAUUCGACUUCCCGCUGCCGGCUCCGCUGCGCGUGUUCCAGAUGCUGCUGGUCCCGGAUCAGGAAUAUCCUCAGGUGUACAUCCGGGCGAGUCGAGGAGCCGGAGCCUCUCACCCGGUGCAGCUCGACUACAUCGACCUCAACUCUAACACCUCGUGGUUCACUGACACUGGACUGGAGAGUCGCAGCGCUGACAGAGUUCAGUUGCAUCAGCUGGAUGGAGACACACUGCUGGUUUUGAUUGACAGUUGUGUUCACACAGUCACUCUGGACGGAUUCGCCAAAAGCCACAGACUCCUGCCGACGGACGUCACCUUUAAGUUAGACAUAGACUCCGUGGUGUAUUACGAGGACACACUGAUCGCGGUCUGGAAGCACGGCUGGCAGCGCAGAGGUCAAGGGUCAUCAGAGAUCCUGCAGGAGAUGACAGACCCCAAGAGCAUGUUCCGGCUGCUGGGGUCCGACAGAACCGUUGUCAUGGAGAAGCGAGUGUGUGAUGACCAAUCAGGACUCUGCAAUCUGUACAUCCUGGAGACGGUUGACUCCGCCCCUGUUUCCUGAGUGUGUGAUAAACACACACGAACACACACACACACACACAGGACUGCCUUACUAAGUUCCUUUACAUUCAUGUAAAUUAAACUGAUGUUAAUAAAGAUGUCAGUACAGGUGUGACAA